AUGAAUCGUACAUCUAGUCGUUCACCCCAUCGCGGUGGUCAUCACAAAUAUGAAAUAAAAGCCACUGGAGAAGCUGCUAGAAACUAUGACUUCAAAUCAGCUAGACCACAAGGCAGAAAAAGGACUAAUUUAGUUGAAACCAUUGGUAACCUCGCGAAGAGCUGUCUUGGCGGCGGAGUGGUUGCCAUUCAUGAGUCCUAUAAAAUGUGCGGACUAUGGACUUCUUUCGUGUUGACUAUUGUUUUUGGAUUUUGCAUCAGCUAUGCUAUGUAUAUGAUAGCUCACUCAGCACAACGGAUUUAUGGAAGAGUACAGGUACCAGCGAUGAGCUAUCCUGACCUUGCUGAGGCUACGCUGGAGACAGGACCGUUUGUGAGCAUAAGGAAAUAUAGCAAAUGUUUUAGGUAUCUCGUGGACUUUACUAUAUGCUUCAAUCUCUUCGGUUCCUGUUGCGUCUAUCAGAUCAUGAUGGCGCGGACUAUCAAGCAACUUGUUGAGGGGACUAAUGAAGUCACUUUGGAAGGCAACCCUCCUCUCAGGGUGUAUAUAAUUUGUCUUGUAGUGCCAUGUGUACUUCUUGGCAUGAUCACCACUUUGAAAUACCUCGCACCGUUUUCUAUCGUCGCUGAUUUUAUUAUAUUUAUCGUGGCAUGUGCAACAGUUUACUAUGCAUCGAAGGUGGCAGAAUCUAGUCCUUUAGACUUGCCGGUAUUCAAAACGGUUGCGGGUCUGUUUGAAUUUAUGGGCGUCUGUAUCUUCAGCAUGGAAGGUCUUGGUGCGGUGAUGGCUGUGGAGAACAAUAUGGAAGAGCCGAGGAAUAUGGGUCUUGCGUUAUUUGGAGGUAUGUCUAUCGUCGUAAGCAUCGUCGUCACCAUCGGUUUCUUCGGCUACUGGGGAUUUGGAGAAAUGUCCAGAUCCCCCGUUACACUCAAUUUUCCAUUGGAACCGUUUCCAAUAGCACUAAAAUUACUCCUCGGCUUUAUGAUAUACGUGACGUUUGCUCUUAACUUCUGGUUCCCAUUCGACUUGAUGUGGUUUUAUAUCAAGAAGAAGUAUGAUCCUUCGAAGUAUUGGCUAUGGGAACGAGUAUAUAGAGCACUAUUUAUUUGUGGCAUAACUUGCAUUGCUACGACGUUUCCAAAUGUAUCCAAAUUCAUUGGUGUGCUGGGUUCCUUUUGCAUUUCCAACAUGGGGUUUAUUUAUCCGGCCUUCAUCGAGCUGUGCCUGGAUUGGACUGAUCCUGGUCUAGGUUUCAUGAUGUGGAGAUUUUGGAGGUUCGUCUUGAUUGUUUCAUUUGGUCUGAUAUUGUGCGUCGUCGGCACGUAUACAAACGUCAAAGGCCUUAUAAGCGAGUCCUUUUAAAUAUAUUUUCUUUAUAUCAUGAUAAGAAUUAUAAUUAUCGUUAUUACUUAUUUUUUGUUUAAUUUUGCA